AUGGCUGAAUCAUCGUCGGAAUUGUUUAAUUUAGAAGAUAAUCAGGAGGAAGCCGAAACGGCUGGUGAAAUAUUUAAAAAGCUUACCACGGCAUGGGUUAAUGAAAAAUGUUGUCCGGAUUUACUUAAGAAUCAAGAAGACUGGGUAGAUUGCAUGAUGGAUCAAAUAAAACAAAUGGAAGAAAAUUUAAAAGGUUUAUCGACAGAUGAUUUUUUAGUUAUACCUCAUAAAAUGGAAAUUGAUAGAAUCAGAUACGUUAUUUCUAGUUAUUUAAGAAUUAGAUUACAGAAAAUUGAAAAAUAUGCAGUUUUUUUAUUAAAGAGGGAUAGAGCAAUACCUGAUCCUGCUGAUCGAUACAUGACCAAAGCUGAAUUUGAAUUUGCCGAACAAUAUUGGAAAAUAGUUAAAGGUCAUUUUUACGAAGAGGCAUGCAGACACAUGCCUUCAUUAUUACAUGAAUUUGAGGGUUUAGAUGUUGAAAUUAAGCCAAAUUUUAAAAGUUUAGUCACAUUGAAAGUUUUGCAUCCGGUGGAAGGUAUUAUUUUAGGAGACACUCCUAAAACUUUAGAACCAGAUACAAUUUACAUGAUUCCUUUCUUUAAGAUAAAACACUUAAUUGAACAGGGAAUCGCUUUAUGUAUAUAA